AUGAAUUUCACACCUGUGGAAAGCAAUGUGUCAGGAGCUGUGCCCUCCAAGGUCACGUUGUUUACAGGUAUUGACAAGGUUAUGAUCAUUGUUUGUCUGGGCAUCACCAUCAACUACAUCAAUGCUACCAUGGUCCACACAUUCAGCAAACACCACAUCUUCAAGGCGAACCCUCGCUUUAUCCUUUUUAUCCACCUGGUGUUCAACGACAUGAUCCAGCUGACAGUCAGCAUCUCCAUCUCUGUCCUUGGUUAUGUCUUUGAUACGAUCCAUGUCUACAUCUGUUUUCUCUUCAUGUUGCCGGCCAUCCUCGCCACACAGAACACCCCUCUGAAUCUGGCUUUCAUGGCAGCAGAGUGUUACAUUGCUGUCUGCAAUCCCCUCCGCUACAACAACAUAUGCACAGUCAAAAGAACAUAUAUUGUUAUUGGCAUAAUCUGGGCAUUAAGUUCACUUUCUGUACUGCCAGAUGUCUUCAUUCUUUUGGCCACUGAACCUCUGGAGUUCUUCCAUACCAGAGUUUUCUGCUUGAGGGAUAGAGUGUUUAGGAGUGCCUACAGUGUAAAGAAGAGGAAUGCAUCCCACAUAUUGUUUCUGGUCGUGGUUUGGCUCACUCUGUUCUACACUUACGUCAGAAUUUUGUUUGUGGCCAAAGCUGCUGAUGCAGAUGCUAAAAAGGCAAAAAACACGAUCCUGCUUCAUGGUUUUCAGGUGCUGAUGUGUAUGAUGGUGUACGUGCAACCUUUGUUAAUUCAAGUUCUUAUAUACGUGUUUCCGGGACAGUUCAGAACGACAUACUUUGCUUUUUAUGUUAUAAACCAAAUCCUCCCUCGCUUUGUUAGUCCUAUUGUCUACGGGCUACGAGAUAAGACUUUCAGGAAGUACUUCAAAAAGUAUCUGUGUACAUUCAUCGGCUGCUGA